AACACGAAGAAAAUGAAACAAAGCCCAAAAUCAGAAGGCCUGACUUCAAAACAAGCAAGGCCCACCUAAAAAAAGAAAUAGGCGAUAUUUUAGUCAAACACGAAGACAAGCGAAAACCACCUGAGGAAUACGAAGAAAAAUAG